UUUUCCUGCGAUACACAAUUGAUAGCCGAUACAGUUGAAUCGCAAUGAAUUUGUGUCGGCACUUAUUUGGCCGAAAUGCGCCUGCAUUUCUCAGGUCAGCUCAAAGAGUUUUUUACAUACAGAAAGAAGGAAAUUCAUCGAGAAUUGUUAAUUGUAAUGGAAUGAACGUAUUUUAUCAUUAUUCAACCGAUUCGAGAGUGCCUUCACCGAAAAAGCCAUCAAAUCAAAAGUCAUCGAAAUUGAUGGUGAAAACUGCAAAGGGAACAUGUGACCACGGUCCACAAGAAAUGGAACUUCGGCAAAGAGUAUUCGGCAAAAUUGAAUCUAUUUUUAAAACACACGGCGCCCAAACGAUAGACACGCCAAUAUUUGAAUUGAAAGAACUGUUGACUGGCAAAUAUGGAGAUGAUACAAAAUUAAUUUACGAUCUGGCAGAUCAAGGUGGCGAGAUUCUAUCGUUAAGAUACGAUUUGACAGUUCCACUGGCAAGAUAUUUGGCUAUGAAUAAAAUUAGCAGCAUCAAGAGAUAUCACAUUGGAAAAGUCUAUCGUCGAGAUACACCGUCAAAAGCACAAGGUCGACUUAGGGAAUUUUAUCAAUGCGAUUUUGAUAUUGUUGGACCCCACGAUGCGAUGCUGCCCGAAGUCGAAUGUAUAAAAGUUAUGUCAGAGGUGUUUAACUCUUUGGAUAUUGGAGAAUUCGUAAUUAAAGUAAAUCAUCGGCUACUCUUGAAUGGAUUGUUUGAAGCAUGUGGAGUGCCCGAAGAUAAAUUCAAGUCAAUAUGUUCUGCCAUUGAUAAAUUAGACAAGUUGUCCUGGGCUGACGUACGAAAAGAAAUGAUCGAAGAAAAGGGCCUGAGUGAGAGUGUUGCAGACAACAUUGGAAAAUACACACAACAAUGUGGAAACGUCGAAUUGAUAGAUAGACUCUUGUCCGAUGAGUUUCUCAAUAAAACAUCAGCAAGUGUCAAAGGUCUUGAAGAAUUGAAGCUGCUUUUGAAGUAUUGUAAUCUUCUUGGUUUACAAAAUAGUGUAGUUUUUGAUCUGAGCUUAGCACGAGGUUUAGACUAUUACACUGGAGCUAUAUUUGAGGCAGUUCUUAAAGAUAAAAAUGUUGGGGAUGUUCAACAGUCAAUAGGUUCGAUAGCAGCUGGUGGACGUUAUGACGAUUUGAUGGGUGUAUUUGAUGCAAAAGGACGUUCAGAGCCUUGUGUUGGAGUUUCAAUAGGCGUUGAACGAAUUUUCGCCGUUCUUGAGUCAAAAGUUGCGAAAGAAGGAAUUAAACCAGCAAACAGUACAGAUGUUUAUGUAAUGUCAGCUCACAAAGGUCUACAUGAACAACGAUUACAAAUUGUAAAUAGACUGUGGACUGCUGGAAUUCGUUCAGAGCAUUCAUAUAAAGAAAAUCCAAAAUUAGUUCGACAGCUUGAAUACAGUUUAAAACAUGGAAUUCCCUAUGCAAUUAUCAUUGGCGACUCUGAACUACAAAGAAAUGUUUUUAAAUUACGUACUUUCGCUACACACGAAGAAAUUGAAAUUCCAAUUAGUGAUUUAGAAAAUGAAAUUAGAAAAAGAGUUAAUAAAACAGAGAAAUAAAUUCGUAA